AGUUACCGGACACUUGUACCAAUCUCCUCGACCCACGCUUUGGAUAGGGGAAUUGAUUGUUUGGGGCUAAGGGUCAUCGCUUUUGUUCUUAUAUAUUUUCUCUUAUCCGUGAGCUUUUCUUCGCCCGGGUUCUCUCCCACUUCAAUUGGGGUCGGAAUCGAGGAAAAGGGCUGUUGGUCAGCUCGUGGGUUUUUUUUACAUUAUGAAGUUCGGUCAACAGCUUCGGACGUCCCUGAUCAAAGAUUACUACUACUACUACAUUUCCUACGAUGACUUGAAAUCCGAGCUCAAGUCCCGCCUCUACCCGCCGGGCACCAACCCCGCCGUCUCCUCGCCAAGGAAGUGGACGGAAGAUGACGAGAAGGCCUUUGUGGAGGUCCUGGAGACAGAACUGGACAAGGUCUUCACCUUCCAAAAGGUCAAGUCCGGGGAGAUCGUUCGAAGGAUUAAGGUUUCCGAGAAGGAGGUCGAGGACGUCGGAGAAUCAGGCCGACUUUGAGAUGCUCGAGGAGGACCUGAGCGAUAUCAUCGCCGAUGUUCACGACUUGGCCAAGUUCACGCAAUUGAAUUAUACGGGGUUUCAGAAGAUUAUCAAGAAGCAUGAUAAACAAACUGGGUGGCCACUUAGGCCGAUUUUCUCGGCAAGACUCAAUGCAAAGCCGUUCUUUAAGGACAACUACGACGCUUUUAUCGUUAAGCUUUCAAAGUUGUACGAUCUGGUGAGGACGAGGGGGAACCCGACUCAGGGUGAUAGUAGCGCCGGAGGCUCUCAACAGAACUUUAUUAGACAGACAACAAAGUACUGGGUUCACCCGGAUAAUAUCACGGAGCUGAAAUUGAUCAUUCUAAAGCAUCUGCCGGUGCUCGUGUUCAACCCGAAUAAGGAGUUUGAAAAACAGGAUUCCGCAAUCUCCUCGAUCUACUACGAUAACCGGGAUUUCGAACUCUACCUCGGCCGUCUACGCAAGGAUGAGGGUGCAGAGGCAGUUCGUCUUCGGUGGUACGGUGGGAUGGACGUUUCGACCAUUUUUGUGGAGCGCAAGACCCAUCGUGAGGAUUGGACUGGGGAGAAGAGUGUCAAAGCGCGCUUUGCGCUGAAGGAAAAGAAUGUCAAUGCGUUCCUCAAGGGCGAGUAUACCGUUGGCCAGGCCUUUGAGAAGAUGCGGAAGGAAGGGAAGAAGAGCGUCAAGGAGAUUGAAGCCUUGGAAGCUUUGGCGAGGGAAGUGCAGUACACAACCAUCACCAAGGAAUUGACGCCCGCUGUGAGGUCGUUUUACAACCGUACUGCCUUCCAGUUACCAGGCGAUGCCCGAGUGCGUAUCUCGCUUGAUACCGAGCUGUCCUUGAUUCGUGAGGAUAAUUGGGAUGGGACAAAGCGCUCUGGGGAUAAUUGGAGGCGAAUGGAUAUUGGGAUUGAUUGGCCAUUCAAUCAGCUUCCUGCUAAAGAUAUUGAACGUUUCCCAUACGCCAUUCUGGAGGUCAAGCUGCAGACCCAAGCUGGUCAGGAACCUCCAGAGUGGGUUCGAGAACUCACCUCCUCUCAUCUUGUCGAGGCGGUCCCCAAAUUCUCCAAGUUCAUUCACGGGACGGCAACCCUGUUCCCUGACAAGAUUGACUUACUUCCUUUCUGGCUUCCCCAGAUGCAUAUUGACAUUAGGAAGCCCACAACCCAUAAGUUUGGAAUUGAAAGGCCAAAUCAGAGUGGUAGCGGUUCUUCCGAUGAUCCAUUUGACUCUGACGAGGAUGCUAGCGACGUUGAAGACUCGCGCCCGUCCCGUGAUCCUUCGCAGAGAUUGAUUGGUGCUCGGGAGUCAAUUAACGAGGCUGGCCGUGUUGAGAGAACCAAUGGUGGAGGUGGGCCCGGAGGUAUUCAAGAUGAGGAGGAGCGUGCAGGAGACCCCGCUCCCGGGGAGGAGUAUCCGCUCUACGAUAGUGAAGAUGAUGACUCUGAAGACGAAACCGGGAGAAGAAACGGUGCAAGGAAGAGGAGCUUGGGGAAGAGAGUUAAAGGGGCUGCCGGAAAGAUCUUGAGUGGCCUGGGAACGGUGGCUAGGCGGAACGCCACUACUACCUCCGUAACCCCCCAAGCGCCUGUUCAAGGAAUAACGUAUGCUCGAAAGUUCAAGGCGCCCCCGGGCAAACGUAUCUUCGUCCCCGUUCGUGUCGAACCAAAAGUCUACUUUGCCGCGGAGCGUACCUUCCUCUCGUGGUUUGAGUUCUCAGUCUACCUGGGCGCGAUCGCAGGCACUCUCCUCAAUUUCGGUGACAGACUAUCGAUAUACUCUGCCUGGGGCUUUACCAUUGUAGCUAUCUUGGCUCUCCUGUAUAGUAUGGGACUUUACCUCUGGCGCGUAGAUAAGAUUAGCAAGAGACGAGCUGUGCGGUAUCACGACAAGUAUGGACCCACGGCGCUGUGCGGGCUUUUGUUGGUGGCGGUGGGGUUGAACUUUUGGUUUAGGUAUGGGGAAUUGGUUUAGGUUGGAUGUCUGUUGAGAUGGGGGUAAUGAGGUUGGUUGGUAGUUGUGGGCAGGGAGAGGGGGGAGUGGUGGGUUAUGUCUAUCUGGGAUUGAAGUUUUGUAGUAAUGGUAGUGCUUUUUUUUUGCGGUUUUUCAUUUUCCCUUUCUCUUCCUUUCUCUGUAGGCAGUGAGUGCUUGUAUACCCGUGAAUUGGUUGAUUGAUUAAUGAGAUGAUGAUGUGAAGUUGGAGGGAUGGGUUGCAA